AUGUUUUUUAUAAGGUUAAUCGGCCUACUGUGCUGCUUAGCGGUGGGCAACUGCGUUGACUACGAUAUCGAGGACCGUGUACUCGUCCUCAACGACAGCAACUUCGAUGCGGCCAUUAAGGAGCACAAGCACGUGUUCGCCAUGCUCGACGUCAUCUGUAUGGACAAGUGCGAGGCCCUCGUUCCCAAACUUGCCAAGGCUGCCAAGCAGCUCGAGGAAGAAGGCUCGGACAUCAAGGUGGCCAAGGUGUACGCAACUUUCAAGGGCCUGCUCGUUUGGAAGUACACGCAGAGCUUGCCGAAACUCAUGUUUUUCCGCAACGGACAUCCGGUCGACUACAAGGGUAGCCAUACCAUAGAGGAGAUGAUCCAGUGGGUUAAGAAGAAAACCGAACCACCGGCUCAAAUACUCAGCACUGUGGACGAUGCGAGGAUCUUCGUGAACAGCGCGAGGGUCACCAUCGUGGGCUUCUUCAAAAACCAGACAAGCCUCGAGGCCAAAGAGUUCCUAAAGGCUGCGUACACUAUCGACCGGCACGCGUUUGCCAUCACAUCGGGCGACGCCGUCUACAAGGAGCUUGGUGCCAGCAAGGACGGAGUGAUGCUCUUCAAGAAGGUCAGUGCUGUACAGUGGAAGUUGGUAGCUCACCACAAGUUAGACCUACACCAUGUUAGUGAACAGCGGGAGGUACCGUCGAGUUACUGA